AGGCGAUAUCCAAUGUGCCGGUCUAUCACAAAAUCCUGAUACUGUCUUUCGGAAUUCAGUAGUUUUUUUGUCCACGAUUGCAUCCGAAGCGCCUACAAUCUCUCUAAGCACCAUCGAAACCUCCCUACCUCCCACAACAACCCCGCCAUCAAAAUGAGUCCGUCGGCUGAGGCGCCGAAGACGGCGGUCCAGGUCCUCCCUCUCACGCCCUUCACACCCGAUCUCUACGAGCGCGCCUGGUGCUCUGUACCUCACCCCACGCUUCCACUCAUUGCGACCGCAUAUUCCAAAUCAGUCAAGAUAUUCUCGCUCUCGUCUCUUUCCUCCCACAGCUCCCUGACCGGCGGCCACACCCGCUCCAUCCGCUCGGUAGCUUGGAAACCCAAUCUUCCACCUCACCAGCUGUGCCUCGUCACCGGUAGCUUUGAUUCCACCGCCGGACUUUGGCGCUGGGACGGUGAACUCCCAUUCUCCGGUGACGGCGCCGCCGCCGCAGAACCCCUCGAGAUCGACCUGAGCAAGGCGGCGCGUCGCCCCCUCGACGAUGCGGAUAGCGACGGUGAAAAGGACUGGGAGUUCACUCUCGUCCUUGAAGGCCAUGAUUCAGAGAUUAAGGGCGUCUCCUUUGCGCCGUCCGGCGCAUACCUUGCCACGUGCAGUAGAGACCAAACGGUGUGGAUAUGGGAGGAUGUGGGCGCCACCGAAGGGGAUGACGAGUGGGAGACGGUCGCCGUGCUGAAUGAGCACAACGGUGAUAUGAAGGGUAUCGCAUGGUGCCCUGACGUGCCGGGACGCAACUCGCGGAGGAGAUACAGCGCCGACGUCCUCGCAAGCAGCAGCUACGAUAACACCGUGCGUAUAUGGCGCGAGGAUGGCGACGGAGAAUGGGUCUGCGUGUCGGUGCUGGAGGGCCAUGAGGGCACCGUAUGGGGUGUGCAAUGGGAAGAGAAACCGAGAGAAGACGGCGCUUUUCCAAGAUUACUCAGUUACUCGGCCGACCAGACAAUACGGAUAUGGAUGCUGCAAGUCGAGGACGAGGAGAACGAGACGGGUGGCCGUGGAGGCAUCGGCGGUGGAUUGGGAGGCAUUCCGAAUACAAUGCGGCGAUCGUUGCGCGAAGAAUGGGUGUGCACGGCGAUCCUACCCAAGGCACACACACGCGAUAUCUACUCGGCAACGUGGAGUGCGACGACGGGGCUGGUGGCCAGUACGGGGAGCGACAGCAUUAUCGCGGUGUACCGAGAGGACGAGAGCGAGGAAGUCAAGGCAGACGAUACCGGGGAUGUCGUACCGAUGGAGACAAAUGAAGUUAUCGAGGAUGCAAAGCCGGGUGAUGUACCUGUGGGAUCGAGCAAGUGGCGUGUUGCGGCAGAGGUGCCGAAUGCUCAUGGCCCGUACGAGAUCAACCACAUCACAUGGUGCAAACGAUACGACGCAGGAUCGGAGAGGAAGGGGGUCGAAGAGAUGUUGGUUACGACCGGAGAUGAGGGAUUGGUAAAGCCUUGGCAGAUAAUCAUAUCAUAGACGACCCCGGAGCAAUGAAAUUGCCUCCUUCGGGCAUCUUGAAAUCAUAUGGACGAAACUGGCCAUCACCUGGAAUGACGUGGUUAUUGAGAUCUCAUCGAACGCCCCACCAAGACUCUUUGGCGCAUAUUUUA